AUGGCGCCUCCGACCACGUAUGACGACGAUGACUUCGUCGACCAGUAUGACGACAUUGAGGAAGAGGACGAAAUGAGUGCCGAGGACAAGGUUGCGAUGCAGCAGGGGACCGCAGAAGUACAGAAAGCUCUUGGGACGGAAGCAAGCAAAGUCACAGUUGCGCAAAUACAAGAGGCUCUAUGGCAUUACUACUACGACAUCGAUAAAUCUGUCACCUACCUGACAAAGACCUUUAUUGCGCCAGCUCCAAAAGCAGCUCCCAAACCAGCGCCGAAGAAGGCACCUGAAGCGUUCUUCGACGACAUGCCAUGGCUAGAGAUACCGAAAGCACGAGAAGCCGUAUUUAUUGAGCCACCACGCUCUGUUGGAGGGCUCUUGGGAGGCAGCAGUUCCGCCCCUAAGAUGUCCAAGCUCCAAGCACUGGCUGCGCUUCGCAAGAAAAAGGCCGAAGAGAAGAAGGAUCAAGAAAGAACCACUCCGCCAGAAGACGAAGUGUCGAAGCUUUCGAUUUCCGAUAAGGAGCCGGUAGUGAGCCAUAGCCAUGCUCCUUCUGCAUUCGCGCGCACACUGUUCGGCUCGGCUCUGGAGGCGGACCAAACGCAGAGGCGUCAUGUUUUUGCCAUGCCAUACACCCAGUCUUCCUCUUUCCUAGCCAACGCCUUCUCGGAGCCCAGUCCAGACGAUAUUGUGCUCGCAGCUCAGGCGAAAGCGGGAAAGAAAACUCCAGCCACACCGAAAACCACGAAGAAAUCACAAAAGAACGAGGAAGCCGCCAAAGAGGGCGGGCUUGCGAGCAGCGUCUCAAGCCUCAAGAUUAACGACGGGCCGCCACCUAAUAGCAAAGGCCUCGACGUUAUCAAGGAAUUUGAACAAAAUGCUAGCAAGAGGAAUGCUAGUUUCGUAGUCGUUGGACACGUCGAUGCUGGCAAGAGUACAUUAAUGGGCCGACUUCUUCUGGAGCUGAAGCUUGUUGAGGAGCGCACAGUCGACAAAUACCGCCGACAAGGUGAAAAGAUUGGAAAGCAAUCUUUCGCGUUGGCAUGGGUCAUGGACCAGCGAAGUGAAGAACGAGACCGAGGAGUGACGAUAGACAUCGCCACCAAUCACUUCGAGACCGAGUCAACAAAGUUUACAAUUCUAGAUGCUCCGGGCCAUCGAGACUUUGUGCCCAAUAUGAUUGCUGGCGCUAGUCAGGCAGACUUUGCAAUCCUUGUUAUCGAUGCCAACACUGGAGCUUACGAGAAGGGUUUGAAAGGCCAAACACGAGAGCAUGUUCUGCUUCUACGGAGUUUAGGUGUUCAACAGCUAAUCGUUGCUGUAAAUAAACUCGACAUGGUCGGGUGGUCCCAGGAUCGUUUCCAAGAAAUUUUAGAGGAAGUUUCUGGGUUUUUGACUGGCCUCGGGUUUCAAGACAAGCAUGUCACGUUUAUUCCCAUAUCAGGGCUGAACGGAGACAACAUUGUCAAGAGAACAGAGGAUGCUGCUGGACUCUGGUAUAAAGGACCUACUCUAAUAGAGGGCUUGGAAGCAUCUGGGCCGUCAACCGCACGAGCUCUAAAGAAACCCUUCCGGAUGGCGAUUUCUGAGAUUUUCCGCUCGCAGCAGGGAACUACGACUCUUGCUGGCCGUAUAGACUCUGGCACCAUCCAAAUUGGAGAUCCUGUGCUAGUGCAGCCAAGCGGAGAGUCGGCGUACAUCAAAUCUAUAAUGCUUGAUACCGAGGCCAAGGACUGGGCGGUGGCUGGACAGAAUGUCAGCGUUGCUUUGACGAACAUCGAUCCCAUUCAUAUCAAAAUCGGCGACAUCAUCUGCCACACAACGGAUCCCAUCGCUGUUGGCGAUACAUUUACCAUGAAGGCCAUGGCAUUUGAGCAUCUGAUGCCGAUGCCAGUGGAUCUUCACCGCGGCAGACUCCACGCAGCAGGCCAGAUUCAAUCCAUAGCGGCUACUCUCGACAAGGCCACUGGUGAAGUAGUCAAGAAGAAGCCCAAGGUUGUACAGCCCGGAGGUGUGGCUCGGAUUUUGAUCAAGCUGGAGGCAAAGGUUCCCUUGGAGGCCGGACAACGGGUUGUUAUACGAAGCGGAGGUGAAACCAUAGCCGCUGGCUUAUUAGAGUAA